AGCAUGUCUAGAUUCCAAUAUUAUCUUAUUCCGAAGCAGAUACGGCUAAUUGUAAUCACCCACAUAUCAGAAGUAAACGCCAUGAUGAUCCCUCAGUCUAUGUAACCGAUGUAACUUUAUAGACAGUCCCUAAACAGAUGGGCGCUUCCCUUGUUUCUUGGUGCUGAUGCAGACAACCAGAAGCAUCUAACCGGACGUAGCCUACACUACAGGAGGCGUUGAAAAGCGAUGCUUUGACAGUCUGCGGCCAUUGGUGAGACCCAGGCCAUCGGCAUGGCAGAGCAUUCUGAUUCACUGGGCGCAGUGAGGCUGACAUCAGAGGCGGAGGUAUGGCCAGGGACCGUGAUGGAACUGGAUGCCCUGGGCUUCCCGGGCUCGGCAGCCGAGGGGAACGGCACGUCGGAGGGUUGCUACCGCUCGCACUCUCACAGCAGUGUGCUCCAGGGCCUGCCCUUUGGCGGUGUACCCACAGUCUUGGCCAUCAACCUCGCCCUCUGGCUGUUCCUGCUGCUGGUCUUCUCCUGUCUGAGGAAGGCAGCAUGGGACUACGGACGUCUGGCCCUGCUGAUGGACAAUGACAGCUUAACAUCACUGUUUUACGGAGAGCAGAGUGAGAAAGAGAAGUCUCCCUCUGAAACCAGCCCUUCAGACUCCGAGACCAAAGACAUGGGUUUCUGCUCCUGGCUUGCGUCUCUCUACCACAUGAAGGACGAGGAGAUCCGCAGUAAGUGCGGCAUGGACGCCGUCACGUACCUGACCUUCCAGCGCCACAUCAUCCUGCUCAUGGCCGUCGUGUGCCUGCUGUCCCUCGCCGUCAUCCUGCCGGUGAACCUCUCCGGGAGCCUCCUCGGUAACCUCGAGGACAGCCCUCAGAAUUUUGGUUGGACAACUGUGGCUAACGUAUCAACACAGAACAGUUUCCUGUGGUUACAUAGUGUCUUCGCACUUCUAUAUUUUGUAAUUACGGUACUAUGUAUGGCUCACCACUCCUCACGAUUGGAAUACAAGGAAGAUGAGAAGGUGGCCAGAACUCUAAUGAUCACCAACAUUCCCAGAGAAAUUUCCGACCCAGGCCUUAUCACAAAACACCUUCAUGAGGCUUAUCCCAGCUGCACAGUCACAGACAUCUGCUUCUGCUUCGACGUGCAGAAGCUAAUGAAGCUUGACUCAGAAAGACGAAAAGCAAUGAAAGGCAGGAUAUAUUUUACUACCAAGUCUCAAAAGGAGGGACGAAUCAUGAUAAAGACUCACGCCUGCGCCCAGAUCUUCUGCUGUGAUAUAUGUGGCUUUGAGCAGGUUGACGCAGAGCAGUACUACAGUGAACUAGAGGAGAAGCUCACGGACGAGUUUAAUGCAGAGAAGAAUCGCAUCACCAUGAAGAGGCUCGGUAUUGCGUUUGUCACCUUCAGAGAUGAGAGAAUGACUGCAGUCAUCGUGAAGGACUACGGCAGGGCACGUUGCCGUCGGACACCGCAGCAGUCCAGCAUCACCACCGUGGUGCGAUCCAACCAGUGGGGCGUCCGAUACGCACCUGCCCCCAAUGACAUCAUCUGGGAGAACCUGUCAGUGUGUGGCUCCCGCUGGUGGCUCCGCUGCAUCCUGCUCAACACACUGCUCUUCCUCCUCCUCUUCUUCCUCACCACUCCAGCCAUUAUUGUCAACACCAUGGACAAAUUCAAUGUCACUCGCCCUGUGGAAAGCCUCCGGAACCCAUUGGUCACCCAGUUCUUUCCCACCCUGCUCAUGUGGGCUUUCUCUGUGCUGCUGCUCUUCAUCGUCUAUUACUCCGCCUUUUUUGAGUGCCACUGGACCAGGUCAAGUGAAAAUCAGAUCACCAUGCACAAAUGUUUUCUCCUGCUGGUCUUCAUGGUCAUCAUUCUUCCUUCCCUUGGACUUUCAAGUUUGGAUUUUUUCUUUAGGUGGCUCUUUGACAAACACUUCUUGGAUGAGAAAGAUGUGAAGUUCCAGUGUGUGUUCCUGCCCGACAAUGGGGCCUUCUUCGUGAACUACGUCAUCACGUCCAGCCUGAUCGGCACAGCGAUGGAGCUCCUGCGGCUGCCCGCCCUGCUGGUGUACUCUCUCCGCCUCUGCUUCGCCAGGUCGAAGGCUGAGCGCAUCCACGUCAAGCGAAGUCAGGCCUAUGAGUUCCAGUUUGGCUUAGAGUAUGCAUGGACCAUGUGCAUCUUCACAGUCACUAUGACCUACAGCAUUACCUGUCCCAUCAUCGUACCAUUUGGGCUGCUGUAUCUGAUUCUGAAGCACGUUGUGGACCGCUACAACAUCUACUAUGCCUACGUCCCAACCAAAUUGAGUCAGCACAUCCACUCGGCUGCUGUGAGCCAGGUGCUGGUGGCCCCCAUCCUCUGCAUGUUCUGGCUUCUCUUCUUCUCCGUGCUCCGUCUUGGUCCCAUGCAACCCAUCACGCUGUUUACAUUAAUAUCUUUACUCUUGUGUAUCGCCUUCUCCUUCUUUGGCCUCUGUCUGAAAAAACUACAACCUGACAGAUCAACAAGCUAUCAGAUGUCUGACCAGCCAACCGAAGGAAUGUAUGGCGAUACUGAGAGAAGCAAUGCCUCCAACACCACCACUGCUAAUCUCUUCAUGGCGUCGGUCCUGCUGGAGCCAGAGCUGGGCCUAACACCCAUGCCCUCGCCCGCCCACCAGAGUUAUGGUGCCAUGGGCAACAGCCAAGGCUCGGGACACGAGGACGAAGCGGCUCUGGAGAAGGACGCGGUGGAGACGCUGGAGACGGAGCUCCAGGAUGCCCCAGGCACCUGCCGCUCCAGUCCUCUCAUGGACAGCCCUGUGGACUACCAGUGACGGGCACACAGCCGUCCAUCCCACCAGAACCUGAAGCCCCAUGCCUCGCCAUAGCUAGAGGCUGACACAGAGGCACCAUGCUGCAUUUUCCUUCUCCUCUGAGAGCUCCAUGUAAGAAGUGGAGGUGGUGCAGUGAGGAAGGGCCCAGCCUCUCUCACUGUUCACCUUCCCGCCCUAUACCUUCUGUCCUCUCCUCUCCUUCUCUGUUUUUCUUGCUUGUGCAUUGAGACGCUGGAGUUGAAGGAAGUGUGACACGCCGGACCUCGGGGUUCGGAGGAGUAACUCCUCGGCCCCGCCCGUUUGAAAGGUUGCGUCCUUGCGCCGUGUUUUUCAGUGCUCACUGGGUGUCGCUGUCUUGAGAGGACUCGAGACAAGGGUCUUAUGUAUAGUUGCGAUGUCAGUGAAACUAGACAUAGGAAGGAAUGUGUUUGGAUCUUCUCAUGGUUACUGCUCAUCUUGGUGUUACUAUUAUAAUGUAAGGGUGUUGCUCUUUUUGAUUUGCUAUUUGGAGUAAGAUGUAACAUUUCUCAAUGAGGGAGUGUUGUGAUUUAUUAUUAUUAUUAUCAUUAUUAUUAUUAUCAUUUUUUUGUUAUUAUUACUGCUAAAAAAAUUCAGAAAGCUAAAAGGAUGAUUUCUGUUUUCUGAACAUUAACUGUGAGAGAGGGAUCUGUCUCUCUCUGAGGUGAGAACACAUAAAUAAUUUGAAUUUAAAAGCUACACAUAUGGUGAUUAUCCUAGGGUCCCCCACCCCCCCUCUCUCUUUGUGUACUCAUUUUCUGUGGUCCAUCCUGAAAUAAAAGCCACUUACGCGACUGGGACUGGAAAAAAACCCAGAAUCAGUUUAGACAGCCUAAGCAAUUGAAGAACCCAGACAAGGAGUCUAAAAUACCAACAGCUCAUCUAAGUUAGGCAAAACUUUCUAGUAAGUGAAGAAGAACACCAUCGGCAGAUUAUGGCAGAUAAACUUGACAUUGCGCUGAUUGCUUUAUUUCAGCAUUUGUCCAGUUAAUGCUCAGACUCUCCAAAACUGCAUGUUUUCUUUUAUUACAAAACGACUUUCCUCACACAUAACCUAAUGAGGUCUGCAGUGCUCUUAAACUUGUGAAGUGUUGCCCACAGCUUCUAUAACACUCCAAUGCUCUUUGUAAGUUUUCUACGUUGGUCUUUGCUGCUAGCCGGUUCUCAGAUUGGAUUGGAAGGGGUUGGAGGGUCUCUUUGCCAAACUGAAUGUAAAUUAGUUGUGUUUUGUAUUGUGCUCUCUUGCUGUGCCUUGAAGAAAGAAUUUGACAAAAACAAACAAACAAACAAACACAACUUUUUUUUUAAACAAAAUGUUUUGACAA